CACGCCUCUCUGACUGUGCCCUCACACUCAGCCGCGUCAUGUGAAGGUGGAGGCGGUGUGGAGAGGAAGGGAAGGGACUCUGUGGCGUGGUUUUUAUGGAAAACAGCGGAGGAGAGGAGAACUUCAUAACGUUACCGACUUGCUUCAAAAGGGAACGCGAACCGGAGAGCCUUCGUUUCAGUCCGAGGUGUUGAAAACGAUGCUGAGCGAACGCAGAAAGGGGUUUGUUGUCACUUUCUGAAUCCACAGCUGUCCGAGUCUGAGUCAGUGAGUGAGGAACUCCACUUCUCCCCAACUGAGGUAAACAGCGCUCGGCAGGUAGAGCGAAGCCGGAAAAACUCGCAGUGCAGGUUGGCGAGUGUGUGUUUACCUUCUGCUUCCGACCAAAUGAAUUAAGCGACAGAUUGGCGAGAUUUUUCCAGCUCCAGCCAGAGAAGUGAAUCAUGACGAACCUGAGGAAAAAGAAGCUGUUCGUCUUGAUCGACGUGUUGUGUGUCAUUGUGGCCUCCCUGCCCUUCGUGAUUAUGAACAUUAUUUACCGGCCGUACCAGCGCGGCAUCCACUGUGACGAUGAGAGCAUUAUGUACCCUCUGAAGUCCGACACCAUCACACAUGGACUGAUGGCCGCCGUCGCCAUUUCCUGCACUGUUAUCAUUCUGUCAUCGGGUGAGGCCUAUCUGGUCUACAGUAAGAAACUCCAGUCUAACUCUGGAUUUAACCAGUACGUGGCUGCCCUUUACAAGGCAGUGGGCACCUUCCUGUUUGGAGCCGCUGUGAGUCAGUCACUCACAGACCUAGCCAAGUUCACCAUCGGACGUCCGCGCCCCAACUUCUUAACAGUCUGUGCCCCCAAAAUCUGCAAAGGCUAUGUGGCAAAAAUCAACUGCACUGGUGACCCAGGUGAUGUCACAGAGUCCAGGCUGUCCUUCUACUCAGGGCAUUCGUCCUUUGGGAUGUACUGCAUGCUGUUCCUGGCGCUGUACGUGCAGGCUAGGCUGAGGGCCAAAUGGGCCAGACUCCUGCGGCCCACCAUUCAGUUCUUUCUGGUGGCAUUUGCCGUGUAUGUGGGCUACACCCGAGUGUCGGAUUACAAGCAUCACUGGAGCGAUGUUCUCGUUGGGCUCCUCCAAGGGGCGCUAGUUGCUGUCCUUGUUGUGCGAUAUGUGUCAGAUUUCUUCAAGCGACAUCCUUCAACUCAGUGCUCAAGUCCAGAUACAGUCGAGAGUGACAUGCUGGAGAGAAAGCCCAGCAUUCAGGUGGGAGAUUUGGAGCACAACAACCAUUACGGCUACCACAGGCCUACAUGAGACAGUUUGCCGUACCACUCAGACCUCAUCUCCCACAAACCACUGAAGUGACUGGAGCAACUAGAGCACCACACCACCUACUGCGGUGGCAUGCUGGCCUCCCUAAACACAAUCUGCAAUGAUUCUUUCCUUUCUGUGUGUUUUUAUGUGUAAGCAAUCUGUCCGAUGUUCAAAAACUGUUUUUAACAUUUUUCAUGUUAUUACUUUAAUAAAAGAACAGAUUACAGCCUGGCCAAUAAAUUAGUUGACCGAUAAUGAGGUCCCACAGGUUGUAUCUGCAAAAAUUCCUGCAAUAAGGCACCGAUAUGUAUUGACUUCAUUUAUUUAGUGAAACAACAGAUGUGUAGAAAUACAUUCUCAUUAUAGUUAUAUCUCAAUAUAGUUAUUGAAAACCAUAAAAACAUGUAAAAUGCAACUCAAACCCAUAGCAUGACGAUAAUUUGGGGUAACCCUAAAAAACUUGAAGAAAAUAAGAGUUUAAUUAAUUGUUUAGAAAUGAACAAGCUAAGACUUCUGGCUCCACCCCUGCCCUACAAUAUUUUUUAUUAUUUAAAGCUUCUAUAUUAUUUAAGGAUUUGGCAAUCAUAUUUGAAAAUGUUUACAGUUGAAAGCUGACAAUCAUAUUUACUAAAGCAUUGUUUAACCAGAACCAUUGGAGUUUGUUUGUGUCAAUUGAUUUUAUCACUUGUCACAAUUUUUAGCUCCUUAAAGUUGAUAUUCUGUCAGUCAAAGAAUGUUCAUACAGGCUGGGCCCUAGAUCAGCUAUUUAUGAUCUGAAGAUAAAGUGUUGAGGGUAGGAGCAAACAUUGACUAGUGUACAGUGAGUUUUGUACAGUCAUACUAAUUUCUUCCUUAUUUGAGCUGGAAAUUGCUUUAAGGCAAAGGCUGGAGUUUGGUUUACAUCACCCUUUCAUCUUCAAAUUAGAGUUGGGGGAGACAUGUGGGCAUAUCCAGUGGAAAAUGCUGUGCUGUGGUUAAAACUCAUCCCCAGCUGCUCUCAAUAUUGCUGCAGUAAUGGUUGCCAUUCAGAUUGCCGUCAUUAAACUUUAUGUUGGGCACCUUGGUUGCCUGUGUUGGUGGGCUAGUGAGCUGGACAGUAACAUAUAAAAUUGAUGGCAAAGAUUUGUUCCAUGCAAGAUGAUACCACUACAAGCCCUUUGAAAUGCUAUUCUUUUUCCUCUCUUAAUCUACCUUCAUUUAUAAUAAUGCUGGUUUUUCAUUUGUUUUGCACCAACUUGGUUAUUGCUCAUUUGAAUAGCGUUAUCUGGACAAGGUUUGUACCAAACAAAGGCAGUGAUUAGUGUGUAGAUGUCUAUGUUUAGCAUAUUGUUUAGCGUGUCUCUUUCUGAUAAUGCACCAUUUAGGUAAAGGUUCUGUUCUUGAAAUGGCAGUUUGCCACACCUGUUGUCAAACCAUUGGUACUUUUAUUCAUAUUAAAGCGUAAAUUAAAUAUUUUCCAUAACAAACACUUAAUAUGCUCCUGAUAUCCAUGUUCUUUAUAGUUUUGUUCAUUCACUGGCUCAAACUGCCUGUUUGUAUGUGAAAUCAUAUUUGACUUUGUGUCACAUUCUGUUCUGAUGUGAAACGUACUUUUACGUUGAAUUUGCAUGCAAAUGUUUGCUGAUGGGAACCAGGAUUUGAUGUUCCAGAGGGUACUUUGAUUCAAAUUCUUACAUACCUAUGUGAGCUAUAUGCCUUAAGUCAGAUUGAACUCAAGCAGCGUCAAAUGCUAUCUGCAAAUUUUGCUUGUGCUCUAUGAAUAAUGGACAUUAUUAUAAUGGACAAUUAUGCUUGUAUUCAUUUACAUUGCUUUGUUUCUCUUGUGCUCAAGUGCAUUUAUGUCCCAAAGAUAUCCGCCGAGCAAAUGGUCAGCCUUUUUUUUUUUUCGAUCGGCCUGUGCCUUCAGUUCAGCAUUGCCUAGUUUUCAGUAGCCUUGCCAUGUUUCCAGUAAAGUAGCCAGGCGUCAACCCAAAUCUGAGACUGUACGAGAAUACCUCUUUAUGAGUGGACAGACUGGAUUCGACACCAGAAGCAUUCUCCAUUAGCUGCAUAGAGAGAGUCCAGGAAGUCUAAUCUGUGUACUGGCAUGAUAUUUUGGACUUCAUCCAGUCAGAAAGAACUGACAUGGAAAUGCCUACUGUCCCUUUGAAUAAGGAUUUCUAAACUGACCUUGACAUGCAGGCCAUGCAUAGAGUAAAUACACAUAGAACAUUUUGUAUGGAAUGGGUUGAUUUGCAAUAAAUAGUUGGUAUGCGUGAA